CACGACGUCGCCUUUGCCCCCGCGCUGCCUCCAUCCCGGCAGCGACGAAAGGCACGUACACAAAACAAUACACGCGCAGCGCCCGCAGUUGCCCGUCCAAGCAGCAACCUCUCCCUCUUCCUCCCCAUAUCAUUAUUGGGAGAAGUCGUGCCGUGCCAGUCGCUGCCGCCUCCCUCCCCUCCCUCCCUCCCUCCCUCCCUCCCUGUUUCUUGGCCAGAUUCCCCCGUCUCUGGCGCUGGCGGCCGGAAUCCCCGAUUGGGUUCGUUGAUUGACCUGACCGCCGAUCGUGCCGCUACCGACGAGAGCCCGAUUCUUGCCCUGACUCCUCCGCGGGCUGAUUGAUAGGGGAAUUGGGGGAUGGUCCAGUGUCUUAGUCGACCAUUGGUCAGCCAAGAUCAUCACAAAUUUGUUUGAGAUAAAAGCAUUGGGCAGCGCAAGUUCCAGCCGUGGCUGAUGGAUGCCACAACCAGCCGCGGAGCUUCCUCAUCUCUCCCCCUCCACCUCAUCGUGGAUGAUGCUCUUGCUCUUGUUACUCCAUUGCAGCAAUCAUUUCAGCGGUCGCAGCGCCUUUGCUUUGGUGACUCUGCUCCAGGGGAGUUCCCAUUGGCUGCAAACCCGUCAAUUGUCCUCCAUGUCCUCACAUCGUGCAAUCUGGACCCUGAGGACCUCGCCCACUUGGAGGCAACAUGCACAUUCUUCAGGAAACCUGCCAAUUUCCCUCCCGAUUUCGAUUUGUCAAUGUCGGAGCUCGCAGCGUUGGAUUUGUGUCAGAAAAGGGCUAUCUUUAAGCCUAUGACUGCACAUGAAAGAGAACUUUUUAAGCAAUGCUGUGGUGGGAGUUGGAAACUAGUUCUUAGAUUUAUAAUGGCAGGUGAAGCAUGUUGCCGGAGAGAAAAGUCCCAGGCAAUUGCUGGGCCUGGUCACAGCAUUGCUGUGACAGCAAGUGGUGCUGUGUAUACUUUUGGGUCCAACAACUCUGGUCAGCUUGGCCAUGGAAAUUUAGAAGAGGAGUGGAGACCUCGUGUUGUCAGAUCAUUGCAGGGGAUUAGAAUUAUUCAAGCAGCAGCUGGAGCAGGACGGACAAUGCUCGUCAGUGAUGCUGGUAGGGUGUAUGCAUUCGGGAAGGACUCAUUUGGAGAAGUUGAAUAUGGUGGUCAAGGCUCCAGGGUUGUGACUACGCCACAGGUGGUAGAAUCACUGAAGGACAUAUACGUUGUCCAGGCAGCUAUUGGGAACUUCUUUACUGCUGUGUUGUCUAGGGAGGGGCGUGUGUAUACAUUUUCAUGGGGGAAUGACACGAGACUUGGUCAUCAGACAGAGCCAAAUGAUGUGCAGCCACAUCUUCUCACAGGGGCUCUUGAGAACAUUCCAGUUGUGCAGAUUGCUGCAGGCUAUUGCUAUCUCCUUGCGCUAGCAUGUGAACCUACUGGCAUGUCAGUUUUUUCUGUUGGUUGUGGGUUAGGAGGGAAGCUCGGCCAUGGUUCACGAACUGAUGAGAAAUAUCCUAAGUUAAUAGAGCAAUUCCGAAAUUUAAACAUACAGCCAGUGGUAGUUGCUGCUGGAGCAUGGCAUGCUGCGGUUGUAAGCAAGGAUGGACGUGUUUGCACCUGGGGAUGGGGGCGCUAUGGUUGCUUGGGUCAUGGCAAUGAGGAAUGUGAAUCUGUUCCCAAGGUAGUUGAGGCUUUGAGCGGUGUGAAGGCUGUCCAUGUAGCAACCGGGGAUUACACAACAUUUGUAGUAUCAGAUAAAGGUGAUGUUUACUCGUUUGGAUGCGGGGAAUCAUCAAGUCUUGGUCACAACACUAUAACUGAGGGUAACAACAGGCAUACUAACAUACUUAGCCCUGAGUUGGUGACUUCUUUGAAAAGAGUUAAUGAAAGGAUGGUUCAAAUCAGCCUUACGAACUCCAUAUACUGGAAUGCACAUACAUUUGCACUCACAGAUUCAGGGAAACUAUAUGCCUUUGGCGCAGGGGACAAAGGGCAGCUAGGUACCGAACUUGUUGCACAGCAAAGUGAGAGGGGGACCCCAGAGCGAGUCGAAAUUGACCUCAAUUAG